AUGGCUCCUAAUCCGCGCGUUUCCGUCAUCCAAUGGCAAAUCAAACCAUUGGACCCUGAAUACAACCAUGCCAAAGCCUGCGAAUACAUCCGCCAAGCAGCCAACCAGAAAGCCGAGCUUGUCGUCCUACCAGAAUACCACCUAAGCGGCUGGGUCCCAAACGAGCCCCUUUGGUCAACCCAAGCAGAUUCCUCCCCAGAAUAUCUCUUAAAAUACCGCGCCCUAGCAAACGAACUAGGAAUAAGCCUAGUGCCAGGAACAAUCAUCGAGAAAUAUGCCAGUGAAAACAACACAACCCUAUUCUACAACACUGCCUACUUCAUCUCAAAGGACGGCUCAAUCCUCUCAUCCUACCGCAAAAAGAAUAUCUGGCACCCAGAACGACCACAUCUAACCUCCUCAGCACAUGAGCGGCACGUCGCCUUCGACACGCCUGUUGGGCGUGUUGGUAUGCUCAUUUGUUGGGAUCUUGCGUUCCCCGAGGCAUUUAGGGAGUUGAUUGCUGAUGGGGCAAAAAUUGUUAUUAUUCCUACUUUCUGGACACCCCACGACGCAUCACCCGAAGCCCGCAAGUCUAAUCCAGAUUGCGAAGCCCUCUUCCUCGAAACUACGAUUACAGCACGUUGUUUCGAGAAUACCUGUGCGGUUAUCUUUGCUAAUGCAGCUGGUGCUGAAAAGGAUUUCCUUGGAUUGUCGCAGAUAACACUUCCUAUUACUGGACCUGUUGGGAAGAUGGGGGCUGAAGAGGGUAUUCUGGUUAGAGAGUUGGAUGUUGGGGUUGUUGAUGCUGCUGAGGCGAAUUACAAGGUUCGGAAGGAUCUUAAGAGGGAGGAUUGGUAUUAUUCUUAUAGGCAUUCUGUUAAGGAGUAA